GUGGCUCUUGCACAGGAAAUGACGAGCCGGUAAGAGAAAUGGUUGCUAAGGUAACAAGCCACGCUACAGGGCUUCUGCAGUUUCUUUCCUGAGCUCAAGAUGGGGGAGACCGAGAGUGGAGAAAACACUUACAGCAUCAGGCCUAACUUCCAGCACAAAUUUAAAAGUGCUUCAGUAAAGGAUUGUAUCCGAUCUGUGUUAAAAGAGGAGCUCAGUGACAAACAGUAUGUGCCUGAAGAAGUUCCGCAGCUCACAAGAUUUUUGUCUGAGACAAUAAAAGACAGACUUAAAGACAUGGGGUUUGACAGGUAUAAAAUGGUGGUACAAGUUGUGAUUGGUGAGCAGAGAGGAGAAGGAGUGAAGAUGGCUGCUCGGUGUUUUUGGGAUGCCGACACUGAUAAUUAUGCUGAAGAUGUUUUCAUGAAUGAAUACCUGUUUUGUGUUGUCGCUGCAUUUGGCUGCUUCUACUACUAAUGGAAGAAGAGAAUUACAGCAUUUCUUUUUUAUUUGUUUUCUUAGUGAAAGAUAUGAACAUUUUUUUUUUAUUGUCUAAUUUUCAAAGUAUGUAAAUGUUUUGUACAGUAUAUAUUGGUGUGUGCUAAAACACCUAAUAUAGUAAGAAUUCUGAAUACGGUUCAUAUGGGAAAAAAUUGUGCUUCACUAUUACAAUCUGUAAUUAUAUAAACCACAUUCAAUUUCAGAA